AUGAUAUCGCGUUAUUUGUUAGAAGGUGAUAGCGACGAGGAAGCUACUCGUGAAUCACCAGAAGGUAGUAAUAAUGAAGAAGCUAGUCGUGAAUCUCCAGAAGGUGAAGAAGAUACUCGCGACCCUCCAGAUGGUGAAGAUUAUACUCGUGAUCCUCCAGAAGGAGAAGAAGAUACUCGUGAUCACCUAGUAGGUGAAGAUGAUACUCGUGAUUCUCCAGAAGGUACAGAAGCUACUCGUGACUCACCAGACGGUGGUGAUGAUGAAGCUGCUUCUCAAUAUCAAAAUAAUGCGUUUCGCGAAGAAAACACUGAUAAUUCUCAUAGUGAUAAUUCAGACUCUAUAAUUGAGAAAAAUUUGAACUCACUGGAUUAUAAUAGAGAAGGUUAUAGUGAAAUUUUAGGGGUUGAAAGUCGACCUGUAACUCCUGAUAUUGUUCCUCAAAUUGAUGGUCAAUUUAGAUACAAUUCACCAAGUCCUUCAUCUUCUUCUUCUUCUUAACAUAUUACUGCAAAUUAGAAUAUUUAUCAAGGAAAUUUUAAACAACAUACUAGCCAGCAUGCAGUUUGAAUUCUGA